CCAGUCGUCGAGAUAGCAGUCACGUUACUCUAAGCUCAGAAACUCGUUUGCUACCUCUGCUGAAAGAGCGCGAGGUAUACGUAUCAGAAGGUCUUGUGACACAGAGGGCCACCCAACUGUGCCACGAUGGACGAAGAGUCACACCGUUACGUCGGAGGCCUGUGGAUGCACAAGCUCUUCAAGGAUGAAGCUAUCCUCUCAGCAAUGAACUACAAACCACGGGAGCGAGACGUCCUUGUCGUUACGUACCCGAAAUGCGGCACCAAUUGGACGCAGUUUAUCGUUUACAACAUCUUAACACAUGCGGCGCCGGUCUCCAACAUUGGAGAGUUCAGAAUUAGGUCCCCGUUUAUCGAUUUGACUGGACCAAGUUCUGCUGAGAACCCGCUGAGAAAUGGCCCCAUUAUCACGCACUUCCCCUUCAGCGUUUUACGUCCAGUGGACUGUGCCAAGUACAUCUACGUAGCCAGAAACCCUUAUGACUGUGCCGUGUCCUUCUACCACUUCAUGAAGGGGCUGACUCCGCGAACUGUCACCGAUGUUUCCUUUGAGAAGUUCCUCAGCCUCUACUUGGAAGGAAAGGUCAUCUACGGCGACUACUUCGAUCACCUACUGCCAUGGUAUGAGCAUCGAGGAGCAGAAAAUAUUUUAUUCAUCACAUAUGAACAACUGAAGGCGGACACGAGGUCGCAAUUGCUCAAAAUCGCUGAUUUUCUUGGUGAAGAACACGGAACUGCAUUGCGCAAAGACGAUGACCUUCUUCAGAGAGUCCUCCACGCCUGCAGUCUGGAAAGCAUGAAGGCCAUCUUCAAUGUAAAACCAGCGGACCUGGCAAAGAUGAUGCUCAAAGCUUCACCGGAGAAGUCAGAGACGUUUGAACUGAUGAAGGACGUGGCCGAGCUAAAGGACGAAAUGCACGAGGGCUCCGGUUUUGUUCGCAAAGGAAUCGUCGGCGAUUGGCGAAACUAUUUUACUGCUGAGCAGGUACAGCGAACGAAAGAAUGGAUCACGAAAAAGACACAGGGAAGCGACGUCAUGGCACUCUGGGAAGACUGUGAUCUCCCAUGAGGAAAUCUGGUGUAUGUGCAUAAUGUGCAUGAAACGGUGCACGCUCGUUUUCAAGCUGUCACCUAUCAAAAAGAAGCAUCCAGUAAAGCCAUUGCGGUUUGCCUGACUUGUGCCUUCUUGGUAUAAUAUUCGAUCUUGCUAAGUAAGCAGCUUCAUGAGGUCAUCCAUGCAGCUUAUUUUUAUUGCUUCGUCUAAAGUGUACAUUAUGGUGCACAAAAUGUUGCGCACGAAAACAAAUAUUUCGGGUGUAUACUGGGUGUUCCACGUAACUUGUGCCAAAAUUUAAAAUCAUGCGAUUGUCACAUAGCUGGACAGCGCUGCGGUAACGCUGUUUGCUGUGGCCUAAGCAAGUCAGAUGUUUUUGUAUUUCGCCUAACUUUCCAAUUAGUCAUUAUUAGGUAUUCAAUUCGUUACCGGUUUGUAAAACGUUUCUCGAUGUUUCCCCACGAUCUCACACACACACACAUUGAUGAUAAAGAUCGUCAUCGCCACCAGGUAUGAUAGUGCGAAAAUUGCACUUUUCAAGAGGGUGUUUUCUGCUGCAAUCUUUCAACAUAGUCUUUGGACAUGGAAUACGCAAGUGACUCCUCUGCUUUUUCUUCAUGAUGCUGAGUUCAGUAACGGCUGUUUGCGUCUCUUGCUUCUAGUGCGACAAUGAGAACACGCUAUUCGAUAGCCAGGCAAGAUGCCGAAAUAGGCUUGAGUGUGCCCCCUCAAGCUAGUCUAGUUCCGUGGAAGAAAUCACAACAUUUUAGUAGUAGUAGCACAGGUCACGAAGGUUAUCUUCUUCCAUUGGCCUGCGUAAGGCCGAGUUUUCUUGACUGUACGCAAUAUGUUCAGACUAUUCCAUGGUGGGUUCUUUGAGCAUCUGUAAAAACCGCUCCCGCUGGCACUAAUGCCACGACCUGCAAUAUGCGCUGUAGUAGCUCAGUCGAUAGCUGAACUGUGAAAGCAACACAGCGCUGGAAUACCGAAUCAAAUUCGGCAGCAGUGGUCAUUUCCUUCGCGUGUUUCUCGAACUUCAAUCCAGUGUUUGGCUGGUGAUCAAUUGUGGCCUGAGCCACCAUGACUCGGCAUACACGGUGGCUCAAUCAAUCAUGCUCGUUGUGCAUGCUUUAGUGCAUAGGAUAUUGGUCAGAGGCGUUAGAUCAUCCAGAAGCUCAGUGGGAACCGCUCCUUUAAUCCUGUAGGCUUUGUCUGUGCGCUUAAUCUCUUGCAUGACUGGCAAAUAAUACAGGAGGUAGAGCUUGUUUAUUCAAUCAGUGUACAUUUUAGAUAGCAGCUCUGGAGUACAGCAUCAUUCAAUAAACAUUGCCUCAGUAAAGUCUUCAUGCAAGAAAGUCUCAUAUUGGUCCAAUACUUUGGCCACUGCAGGUUUCGAGGAAACCCACGUCGUGUCGCAUACCCUCAUAAGCACUAGCAGCUCUUCCCGACAGCAGGGAUACCCGAAGAGCUGACAAUAUGCAGUUUGGUGGUUCUUUAAGUAAGCAAACGACAUGAGGACGUACUAAAAAACCCAUGUUCCUAAGAAGGCAUCCUUAGACUGCGUCUGGAAAUGUCACUCGCGAAAAAUGGCUGAAACACCUCGUUAUCUCCUCUGCCAGGGUCUCACUAAUAAUUUACGCCUCCAAUAAAGUUUGCUUGACUCUC